ACCUCCACCCGCUAUCCGCGAUCCAUUGUGAUAUGUCUACCGAGAUCCCGAAGACGCAGCGCGCUGCCUUGGUUGUAGAGUACGGGAAGGAUCUCGUCAUCAAGAACGACCACCCCGUAGUCCAGCCAAACGAACUCAAGCCGGGAGAAUGUCUGGUUAAGCUGGAGGUGACGGGUGUCUGCCACUCCGACUUGUCGACGAAGCUGGGGAACUGGGGGUACAAGCCCCCGUUACCGGUCAUCCCGGGGCAUGAGGGAAUAGGACGAGUGGUUGCGAUCGGGCAGGGUACAGUAAAUCCGGACGUGAAGAUCGGGGAUAGGGUAGGAUUGAAGUGGGUGGCGGAGACGUGCUUGAGGUGCGAGAUGUGUCGGAGGGGGGAGGAGUCAAUGUGUCCGAACCAGAAAGUACACGGGUACAAGGUGGAUGGAACGUUCCAGGAGUAUUGUGUAUCUUGGGUUGACCACGUUACGCCUAUCCCGGAUACGAUCUCCAGUGAAGAAGCGGUCUGCAUGCUGUGUGCGGGUCUGACCGUCUGGAAAGCACUAAAGCAGACGAAUACUGUGGCUGGCAAUUGGGUGGUUGUUCCCGGGGCCGGCGGAGGACUUGGCCAUCUGGCCGUUCAGUAUGCCGCUUAUAUGGGUCUGCGAGUGGUAGCGAUUGAUGGCGGCGAGGAAAAGAGGAAACUAUGUUUCGAAUUGGGAGCGGAGAAAUUCAUCGAUUUCCGAGAGGCGGAGGACAUUGUAGGGGAGGUCAAGAAGGCGACUGAUGGGUUAGGUCCCCACGCUGCCAUUGUCACCGCUGCCUCGGGUAAAGCAUACGAGCAAGCUGUCUGGUAUCUCCGAGAAAGAGGGACACUAGUUGCUGUCGGCAUGCCGCCAACGGACUUAUUCAAUAUCCCAAUAGUCAUCAUCGUAGCUAAGGCUCUAAGGAUAGUUGGAUCCGCUAUAGGCGACCGACAGGAUGCCAUCGAAGCCAUGGACAUCGCCGCGCGAGGGAAGGUCAGGUGCCAUUACGAAGUCGACAAACUGGAUAACAUUAAUAAGAUCUUCGACGCUAUGCAAGCGGGCAAGCUUGUAGGCAGAGUGGUCAUAAAGUACUGAGAGCCUUGGAGAGCGAAAUAUUGGUUCAUUAUCAGUCUCCUGGACCUGAAGUACAACCUUUGUAUUGAUCACCCUCACCUGUACAUGUAUUACAUCCAGCUUUCGUUUACACCAUUUGUAUCCGUCUGAACAGCUACAUGGUCACGAACGCGUCUGGCUCUACG